CCUGAUAUGUUUACCUAAGACUCGAAUAAAUCGCGAUUGGUAUUCACCUCAAUCUCCGAGUCUCAAAUUCAAAUUUAUAACUCAGCAGGGGUUGUUAUUUGUGGCGUCCACCCUGUGACGACGCGCUAUUUGUUAGAAUUCCAGGACCAGCUAUAUAAACUCGAAUGAAUCCCUAGCAAUCCAUUGUUCUUGCAGUCGUGUGUUCCAGUAAGUCAUCACCCAUGUCGAAGUUAUCAGUCUUUACCUUUGCCGCUAUUUUUAUUAUUUUGUACUUCAAAAGUGUAGCGAGUGCCGAAGUCGAUGAAAAAAGGAAAGACGAGGCAGCCAAAUAUUCGCCUUUCUGGUUCGGACCCCGGAUUGGUAGGAGGAAGAGAAACCUUAUAGACGAAUCCUACGAAAAUGCUGAUAAUGAGAAUGUUGAAGAACUUCUGGAUUUCAUCAGGAAAAGCCCAUGGACGAUUAUGCUGUUCAAUCAUGGUCGGGGACAUAUUGUGAAUUACAAUCCCAAGUUUAGCAAGGAGUCUCCAGAUGGCAUCAACGAAGCAGAUUUAACUGAAGUCGUCGAGAGAUCCAUGUUUGCUCCUAGACUGGGGCGUUCUAUGUUCGCUCCUAGAUUAGGCAGGGCCAUGUUUGCUCCUAGAUUAGGAAGAGCAGAGGGCGAAAUGGAACUUGAAUAAGAAUAUAUAUACAUAUAUUAAGACACUUGGAGUAAUAAACGUUGCAAUUUCUAGUUCCUAAUAAAUUAUUUCCGCUA